AUAAAUACUUCGCUCCAUAGCUUCAACCACACCAACAAGAAUCAUACAAAGCAAUCGAGUCUUCCAAUACUUGCUUACGCAACCAGCAAAUCAAAACCUUCAUCGAUCAACAAUGGCUCUUAGUCUCUUUGGCAACGGCCGACGCAGCAACGUCUUCGACCCAUUUUCCCUCGACAUCUGGGAUCCUUUCCAGAACAUGGGCUCUCUCAUCGGCUCAUCCUCCACUGCCGGCGACACCUCCGCCUUCGCCCAGACCCGAAUCGACUGGAAGGAGACUCCGGAGGCCCACGUCUUCAAGGCGGACCUUCCCGGACUGAAGAAGGAAGAAGUGAAGGUCGAGCUGGAGGAAGGGAACGUCCUUCAGAUCAGUGGAGAGAGGAGCAGGGAGCAGGAGGAGAAGAACGACAAGUGGCACAGGGUGGAGAGGAGCAGCGGCAAGUUCCUGAGGAGGUUCAGGCUGCCGGAUAAUGCAAAGGUGGAUCAGGUCAGGGCUGCUAUGGAGAAUGGGGUGCUUACUGUGACUGUGCCCAAAGCAGAGGAGCAGAAGUCCCAGGUCAAGAGCAUCGACAUUUCUGGAGCUUAGAUGUUCAAGAUCUUCGGGCCAUCGAUCAAGUUUUUCAUUUUGUUCCGAGUUUUGUUAAAUAAGCUUGUGUGGUGUGCUUUUUAUGUUGUAGUUUUGUAGCUAGUGUGCUAUAUAAGUGUCUCUUCUGUAAGGGUUUCUAAUGAGUGAUGGCCUGUAAUGUGUUAAUCUAAUAACGGGUUUGAGUGAAGAAA